UGAACAUGAUUACCUUUGACCUUGUUAAGCAACCAGUCUGUGUUCUUUUUAUGUUCAUGCUUGGCUUGAAAAUGCGUUCCUGGCUUUUUUAUGGACUCCGAAAUUAAAGACAAACGAUAGCGCGUAAUAAGUCUGUUUUUCUUUCUCUCUUUAUAACUAUGUGGGAGUCUAACCCUGCCUUUCAAGAAGAAAUCGAAAAGAUACCCGAGGAGCUUCGACUUAUUCACUGCGCGAACAUACUUGAAAGUUCUCCUGGCUUUGCCGACAACACCGAAGCUCUCAACUACCUCCGUUCCAGAGCCUCAGCCAACGGCGAUACAGAAGCCAAGACUAAACUCAGCAUCUUGUUUGGUUCAGAAAACAAACUGCCUCAUCUGACAUCUAACCCAGCUGAAGCAAGUUUUUGGUCCCGUAGUAUCUUUGACAAACAACUCUCACAUGCGCUUCAGUUAUGUGCACCUACUUUAAGAACCACAGACGAGUUGAGCACACUGGAUUUUAUAAAGACCAUGACAGAGAGCAAUGACCGAGAAUCACAAGAAAUUCAUCUAUGUUAUUUAGCUGGACUGUUGUAUACGAAGGGUAUUGGUUUCAGUCAAGAUCUGGAUCGAGGUAUUCAUAUGUUGAAACAUGCAGCGGGUCAAGGUCGAUUUGCAGAAGCUGGAUGCGAGUUGGGCAGAAUCUACGGUGAUCGAUACAAGUAUUCAUUAAACCAACCUGCUGAAGCUAUGCACUGGUUUCAUCGUGCGUUUGAAUGUGGAUCCACACAAGCAGUAGUCGACUUGGCCUAUGGGUUUUUUGAGGGAUCUGAAGAUGUACCUAAAGACGACGAAAAAGCCAUGCGAUAUGCUAAAGAUGGUGCUUUAUUAAAUGACAAGUAUUGUCAAUAUAUUGUGGGCCAUCUAUAUCUAAAAGGCAGAGGUGUAGAGAAAGACGCACAAGAGGCUGUCAAAUGGUUACAUGCAUCAGCUCAACAAGGAUUCGCUGUUGCUUUAGAAGAAGAAGCCAUGGUCUACAUGUACGGAGAUGGCAAUGUGAAGCAAGAUUAUGAAAAAGCAUAUCAAUGUUGUAUGCAGCCUACAGCGGCCAGUAUACCCUUUUGUCAAGCCAGAUUGGGUGACAUGUAUAGAAAUAGUUGGGGUGUCACUCAAGAUUAUCAUAAAGCAUUUGGCUAUUAUCAGAAUGCAGCCAGUCAAGCAGACGCACCAUUUCCUUAUGCACAACACAUGUUGGGAGAAAUGUUUCUUUAUGGUGAAGGUGUGCCCCAAGAUAUGGCAGUGGCUAAAGAAUGGUUUCAAAUUGCAUCUACACAAGGUUAUGAACCAUCACAGAUUAAACUUCAGCAUAUUGAGGCAUUAGAGAGCAGUUCUGUACUUCAACAAAAAAGACAACAAGAAGAAAAGACGACUACAUCAGAGCCUGUACAAGAAAAAAGAUCAAGUCGAUGGUCGUUAAAUUUUUUCAACAACAAUAAAAAGAAAUAGAGAAAAAGUUCAAUGCCAACGGGCUUGUUAACAAUUGAUAGCAUA